AUGGGAGUAGACUCCACUUCCCUGUAUUUGAGUCAGACAUGCUACCUGCCUGUCAGGUUUCUUAACUUUCAGAGUCACCACACUGAAGACAAGCUACUUCCUGCAUUAGCGCUGAAUGCUGGCGCCGGAUCCAGUGCUACAACACCCAAUUUUCUUUAGCCAAAAGAACCCAAAGUUCACUGAUGUCAAACUAGACAAGCCAUAUGAGAACAAUCUGACAGAAGAAUAAUCAAACAAGAAUCUGAUCUUGGCACCAGACAGGUUUUGAUACUGAGGCACAUUUCAGGCCAGCCCAUGAGUAUUGAGGUUUGAUACCCAGCCCCAGUAUCAGCUGCCACGCUUUUUCUUUCACCUGAAACAUGUGUAGCUCAAAACACACACAUACACUCCGUUUAUUCACCCAUGACCACCCUGUUACACCCCGCACUUGGCAGGAUGCUUAUCUGGGCAGACAGCUUUGGGCGCAGGGAGCCAUCUCCUCUGAUCUCCUCCGCAGUUUAAGAACCUUUUAACUUAGAAAUAGCCCUCUGCCAAGCCUACCGCCUCUUGAUUUCGGCUUAUUCCCUCAUCUCACGGGACUGAUCUUCCGCCCCCAUUGCAAACCCUGCAGCAGCGUUAGCAGAACGGGAAAGAGCCGAUAGACAUCCUGGCUUUUGAGAUAUCCUCACCCUGGUGUAAUAGGAGACUUGUGAGUGGAUUUGAUGAGGGAGUGAAGUGCAGGUGGUUUGUCGAAUAGCAUGUAGGGCGUGCAUGUGUGCGUGCGUGCAUGCAUGCGUGUCUGUGUGCGUGCGUGCAUGCGUUCAGACACAUCUUCCUGCACCUUGACAGGGAUUGACCUCCUGGGCAUCACAGCCUCUUUUAGAACAGCUGGAUGACGGGUCACCGGGUUUUGGUUUGGAGAUAAUUUCCUACCACUGAUAGACAUCUGCUAAGUAGUACAAUAAGCUGAUAGGAGGAGAUGAGGGGAAAGGGGACAUGACAAACAAGCCAAAGACUUGCUCCUUCUGCUUCGCUCUUAAAGGCAAUAAUAGGAGAAAAUUGGUUCUUGAAAUUGAAUUGAAAAAAAGUGGGUCUCUUUCAGCGAAGCAUAAUGCCUCAGAAUACAUUUGGUGAGCAGCAAAUGGAGAAAAAUGGAGGGUAGUUACACGAUUGUCUUUCAUUUCAGAGAGGGGAAAACUGUGGAGGUAUCCCCUGUUAAGACUAGCUUUUAGUCUCAAUCUACGCCAUGUGUCCCUUUCCUCUCUCUCAACCACUAUCUUUUAACAAAUGGGCUGUGAGCAUGGGCUCGUUGUGAAAUUAGUAUCCUCACAGAGAGGACACAGAGAAAGGAUUAUGUGAAUAGCCAGUAAUGAGCUCAAAGUGCCAGUGUGUUUGGGCCAGGCCUGCCUGUGUGUGAGAGGAAAUGGCACUGCAAGCGACCUUUUUUGCUCAAGCACCUGGCAAGAAAUAGAGUGGCCCCACUCUUCCAUCUGCAGUGUGUGUGUGUGUGUGUGAAUAAGCUUGUGUGUGUGUGUGUGUGUGUGUGAGAGAGAGAGAGUAAGCACUGUGGAAUGAACAAGAAAUGACUAAAGAUUUAAUUUACUUACAUUCAUCAGGGAGAAGCUUUUUUAAAAAACAUCAUUUUCACACCGUCAGGUUUUGCGCUAAAGUGUUGUUUUGUGCUCCUUCUGACAGGUUAUAAAAAUACAUAUUUGACAUAGGGUGUUAAGUGUGUUAUACAAGCCUUGAGAUCUGAGGUCAAACUUAAUGUCUUGUGCAGAAUGUUUUAGCCUACUUAAAAAAGCUUUUUUUUGUGAGUGAAAGACUGAGUUCCUUGGAGGGAUGAUGCAUUUGUCUGUAACACCUGCUUCUAAUCUUUAAAUAUUCAAACCAGGAAAAGUCAGUCUACUUUAAUUAUAGGCAGUAAAUUGUGUUGUGUUUGUCUAUCAUGCUUCUAUUCUCCAUUUUUCAGUCCAUACAGGUUUUGCUUUAUCUGUGGAGGAAAGAAAUGUAUUUGUGACAAAUGGUGCAGUGAAACAGUGGCAGUAAACGGGGGGCCUUGUCAGUUCUUUUAACUUUAAAUUAUGCUACAGUAAAUUCAGUGUUUAAUCAGAAUAAUAAUCUCGAAUGUGAAUUAUCUGAAUUUUGAAAACUGCAAAUAAAUAUAUUGCACAUGUGUGAUGUAAUUUAAUCAAAUCACCUUUGUCAAAUACAUCAGGAACAUUAGUCAUUGGUAAAGGUUGGUUUGAUUCACAGCCUGUGUUAGUGUCGAUGUUUUUCGCUGGUGAUCUAUACUCGACUUUGUUCUUUAAAUGAGCAAGAACAGGAGCUGGCGCUUUAUAUACUGCCAUUAAUUUAUCUCGUAAUCAUUAUAAUUGCUUUCUUUCAUAUUAAAAUGAUAAUCUAUACAACUCAGUAAUGGACUGAUGGCAGGUGGCUAAAUGUUCAUUUAGUGAUUCACUGAGAAAAUAAAUAACAGAGGACAAGCCUGUGACAGGCGCAUGAGAAAUCAUUUUUCAAUAAUCUGCCACGCAUCAUGGCAGGAGACGGUGGCGCUGACAGCAUAGAUGAAAUAUUUGCCUCUGGUCUUUGUUUUAAUAUGGGAGGAGACCAACCCAGAAGGAAAUGAUAGUGUUUCAUAUCGAUGCAUUUUGGACCAGAGACUCAAACACAUUCAGAGCUAAGACUAAGGCCACAGUGGCUUGUGGGCUUCUGCAGCGUUUUAUUCAGUACAGUUAGAGCACAUUUUCCUGGAAACCAAAGUAUAUCUGCUAAGUGAAAUACAGAGGAGUGAAUCUCGAUCCUUAUCAUAUAAAAACACUUUCUGGACCAAAAUGCUUUGCUUUAGCCCUUCUCAUCUGGCACAUAAUCCAAGUAGAAGACUUUGUAAUCAGUCAUCAUUGUGCUAUGUGACACUGGUAUGUUGCUGAUGAAUGAUACCCUCCGUGCUACUCGAUUGUUGAGGUUCUUAGCGAGGGAGCUCUGGGUUUUCUUUUUUCUUUUUAUAUAUAUUUAUAUAUAAAAACUGUGUCCUGUGUUUCCACUGGGGCUGUGAUGGGCUUUUUGAGAGGAAACUAGCAGCAACUGCCUCCUGUUCCUGAGUGAAGGUGGCUGUGGGGAAAAGCGGGAGUGUAGAGCUGGAGAUUUAUGGCCUAGAGGGAGAUUGAUUAGUGCCGUCACUGGCCCUGAUGUACGGUUGGCAGUCUCUCCCUCCCACCCCAUUGCAUUCGCUCACACACACACACACACACAUACACAACCAUACACACUCACAACCAUACGGUUCAACACACAACUGCACAUACAUUCAGACACUGCUAAGUCCCCUAGGCCUCUCCUGACAGCCCCCCCAGAGCUGUUGCAUGUUAAGUUGUAGCAGACAGACUGCUGUUUUCUCAGCAUUACAAUUUUUUCUUUUUUUUUGCUGUCCAUAGAUAACGCCAUCAAUCACCACAUACACACUGCCCUGGAAGGAAUGUGUCUGAGUGUUGCCAUUUUCUGUGUGUGCCUGUGUGUUUGUUUUGAGGACGGUUUCAUAGACAGGAGAUGCGGUUGAAUGGCUGUGUGGAUGUGCUGUUUGAAGCUGAAGAGUGACUGGCCUGGACUGUGCUCUGAACCCGUGUCAACCGUGCUGCCCCAGUGCAGGUGUGUGUUUAUCAUUCAGCACACAGAGCUGAGAGGCAGGCAGCUGUGGGCAUGCGUUCCCAAUUAAAUCCUGGGUUGGCCCCAGAACUCCCCCGGCUGUAAUACUGUGCCCACCUCGCCAUGCUGGCCUGUCUGCAGAGGAGGCAAAACCCUCCACCCCAGCACCCGGUGUGUGCCAGCAAGACCCUGGAGCCCCCGCAAGCCCUCGGACGGAAAUGUGAUCUGGUGGCGCCCACACAUUCCCCACGCUACCCCACUGCGGCAGAACUUGACGCCUAUGCUCAGAAGACAGCCAACAGCCCUCUGUCCAUUAAGAUCUUCCCCACCAACAUCAGGGUUCCCCAGCACAAGCACCUUAACCGGACUGUGAAUGGAUAUGACACCACAGGGCAGCGCUAUAGUCCCUACCCACAUCUCCAUACAGGGGGCUACCAUGGCCUGCUUGCCAUUGUCAAGGCUUCCGCCUCAUCGUCAUCAUCAUCAACAUCUACAUUUGUCCCUUCUAAAGGUGUUCUCAAAAACUCUGAAGGCAGACGGACUAAGCUCUCUCCAGCCCACAUAGCUGUUGCCCCAUACCCACCCCCUAGUAGUAGCACUUUAGCUGGUGGCCAUGGCCAAAUGGUAUACCACACUGGGCCGUCAAAGCCUCCGGAAGGCCCUGGACUGUCUGUUCCCCCAAAUGUCACUGUAGCUGGCUCAGUGAUUCCUGUAACAGGGGGCAGGGGCCUGGCCCUGCCUGCACAGUCCAACCUCCCCUCCAUCCAGAGCAUCAUCUACCAGAUCAACCAGCAUUGCCAGGCCCAGGCUCUACAGCAGGUGUGCCAAGGGGCUGCCACUGCGCCGUCAAAUUCCAGCCCCUCCAAGCAGGGCACAACUGUCAUGGGGCUCUCUUCUAGCUCCUCAGGUGGAGGCUAUGUGGUAGGAAUGGGUCCCCAGGCUAAUAUGGUGUACACAGGGCCCGGGUUGCCAGCUCAAAAUGCCGAGGCAAUGAAGACUGGUGUGUACACAGAUGGUAUGGACUAUAUCCUUUGGCAGAAGCAUCAACAACAACAACAGCAGCAGCAGCAACAACAGGCUGUGCUCCGCAUGUACAGUGGAGGUAGCGGAGGAGGAGGUGCCAUAAGCAAGUCCCCUGAAACUUGUGCUCCAGGGGGUGGGAUUAUGGCGACCCAAGUGUCCUCCUCUUCCUCCAGACCUUACCACCUAACAGUGAGUGCCAGCGGAGGAGGCGGUCUGGAAAAAGUCAGUUCUUCCCCUUUGAACUGUGUGGGUAUGCAUGGAAAUUUUUCAGUGGGUCAAUACUUUGCCCCGCCGUGGAACAGUGUGCUGGUGACACCUGACAGUGACUGCUACAACCCCCAGGAGCUUUUGGGUUCCUCCACAGGAGGGCCAGCCACAGGGCACAGAGAGAUGGGCUACCCUCAUCACCAUCACCUUUACCACCACCACCAUCAUCAUCAUCACCCUGCUAUAGACAGCGGGGGAGGUUUGUGCUGCAGCCUGCCAAGCAAGAGCUUGUGCAACACAUCGGUGCUCAGCAGCAGCUUGCAGUCUUUGGAGUACCUGAUCAACGACAUCCACCCACCCUGCAUCAAGGAGCAGAUGCUUGGCAAAGGCUACGAGACUGUGUCAGUGCCACGUCUGUUAGACCACCAGCAUGCACACAUCCGCCUCCCUGUUUACAGAUAGAGGGGGAAAAAGAGGAGGAAGAGAAUCAAGAGUUGUGAAUUUAUGAAGAAAAUCAAAGUUACAGAACAGAGAUGUUUUUCUGGGUAUGGAUUGUUGAAAGUGGCAGUGCUUUAACUAGUGUGGGAGCUUAGAGAAGAGCAGUUGUUGUGCUGUGUGACCCUAGGUUUGGUGGUUUCAAGGCAGACUGUGGGAAUCCCAAAUAUGAAAGGUGGUAGCAUUUGCCAGUGGGAGAGAAAAGGGAUUUCAAGAUUCUCCAGAUGUUCCAUUGUGUGGUUUGCCAAUAGGAAUUUUGGAUUGAUUUUUCUUUCUUCUGUUUUUUUGUUGUUUUACUUGCCUGAACAUUUUUGAUGAGAAUCAUAGGUUGAACAUGAAGUGCAUACGCCACUCUUAUCCCCUUUCCAAAUACUAAGGAUGAAGCUACUGUGUAGAUUGUCACUGAAAUGGUCUGAAAAGGGCCGAAAUUUAGGGCUGCUCUCAAAAUCCAAAACUCUAUAACAGUACGCAGAUAAACACACACAUAGACAAACACAUUAAGAUUCACAAAUGUACUGAUACACAAGGGGAGUAUAACUAUAGGCCGUACUUGGGUGGGUUUGUACAUGGAUCAUAAGGUUGAAUUAAAAAGAGUAGUACAACAUUAGUUAUUAUUGCUGUUAUAAUUGAUACAUAAAUUGCACUGCUUGAAUCUUGUUAACUUUGAAGUUUGGAAUUGGGUAGUUUGGAUAUGAUAUAUUUAAGAAACUUGAAAACUUGAACCUAUUUUUUGUUGUUUUAUAUAUUUGUAGGUAUAUUAUAUGCAUCGGCUGCUAUGGGGAAAAGUGUCUCAAAUGCUUUUUUUUUUCAUUAUUUUGUUUUUUCCACUUUUGUUUUUAUGAUUUAAUAAUUCCUCCUCAAGCUGAUGUGCAGUUUCUUAUGUCCUGGUGUGAGGCAUAGUCGCUGCUUUGGUUCUGUAAGAACCCGGUCAGAGAGCUCUUUUUCCUAACCAACACUGGAAUCUACAAUAAAUCUUGAAAAACUUAUUUAAGAAGAAAAUGUCGCAAAAAAUACCAGAAAAAGAAAUGUUACAAUGAAGAAUGUGAUUGGGAGGUUAUCUGCAUAACCUUACGUGUUUGUUUAUGCGUGUAUGUGGCUGAGUGCAUGCGCGUGUGUGCAUUUUAGUUUGUGUUCUUCAAAAUCCUCAGACUUUUUUUUGGGGGGGGGGGGUUCAAUUGUGUCAUUACAAAAUUUGUACCACCAAGACCAAUAAAGGUAUUCACCAGUAUAUAAACAUCAUAAACAUCAUAUCUGAAUAAUGCAGGGGAGAUAUUUGGCAAAUCUUGCUCCCUUUUAGCGGAGGCUUUAGGUAUUCUCUGGAGCUAGAGUAGAGAUCAAGUUCUCACACGACUCCUGUAGUGACAAUGCUGCAUCCCUACUUCUGUCAAAUGUUAUCAUAAGGACAGAAAGGGAACAAAUGGAAGUCCUGUUUUUGGUGGUACUGUCCACCCCUAAUUCUGCAAACAAAGACAAAAUGAAAACAAUCAUGCCCUGUCCUCUGGUAUCAGAUGAAAUGAGAUGGGGCUCUCUGCUUUUCUCUGUCCAUUUUAGUCCCUGGUUGGGCCAAAUUUUGCCCGGGCCAGUCUUAACUUGAUGAUUCAGAGCAGUGAAAUAUUUAUUAUGACUGUGAGAUUCCCUUGAAUGUACUGCACUUAAAUUACUGCAAUGUUUUAUUGCCUUUUGGGACUCAAGUGAAAGAGAAAAAUUGGAUCAGUGCAGCAGUCCUCUGGUCUUAAAUUAGCAUUUCUUUUGUCCGUCAAAUUUCAAUGGUAAAUUGAAUUUAGUAACUGGAGAGAGAGAGAGAGCCGGAGCUUUGUUGUGGGGAAUUACUGGCAUCAGUCUAGAUUUAUGAAGUGCAAUUAUUAUGACUGUAUUAACAUUUUUCUCUGAGCUUACACCAAAAAAAUGUAAACUACAGUUGUCAAUACAUUCCCUGUGUACCACAUCCCUAAUCCCUAUCCUUUUUUGUUUUGAGGUGUAAAAUAAAUUUCUUUAAGAAUA